UUGCACAGCCACCGCAACCGCCACCAUGGUCUGUGUUUCAAUUUUUCAGCCACCGCCAUUGCAUUUCAGUCCUCGGCGUCUUAAACCCUCUGUUUCCUUCUCAGUCAACGUCACCCCCUCGAAGAACGCUUUCUCCCGCAGAAGAACCCUCCGCGUUCGCGCCAUCGACGCAGCCCAAUUCUUCGACUACGAAUCCAAGGUGGCCCUCGAGUUCCACAACUCCCAGAAGCUGAAGAUCGCAAUCGUUGGCUUCGGAAACUUCGGCCAGUUUCUGGCGAGGACCCUCGUGCGUCAGGGCCACACCGUCUUGGCCCACUCCCGCUCCGAUCAUUCCGCCGCCGCUCGGAACCUCGGCGUCACGUUCUUCCUCAACACUGACGAUCUCUGCGAGGAACACCCCGAAGUGAUCUUGCUCUGUUCCUCCAUUAUCUCCACCCAAAAAGUGCUCCUUUCCUUGCCGCUUCAGCGAUUGAAGCGUAGCACAUUGUUCGUCGACGUUCUCUCCGUCAAGGAGUUCCCUAAGAGCCUCUUGCUCGAAGUGUUGCCGAGCGAUUUCGACAUUAUUUGCUCGCACCCAAUGUUUGGACCCGAGAGUGCUAGCCAUGGUUGGAGUGGUCUUCCUUUUAUGUUCGAGAAGGUUCGAAUUGGGAACGAGGAACAAAGAAUUUCGAGGUGCGAGAAGCUUCUUAAUGUGUUUGCGAGAGAAGGGUGUAGAAUGGUGGAGAUGUGUUGUGCUGACCAUGAUAGGUUUGCAGCAGGGUCGCAGUUCAUAACGCACACACUUGGGAGGGUUCUGAAGAUGUUGAUGUUGGAAUCAACACCUAUUAACACAAAGGGGUAUGAGAGUUUGUUGAGAUUGGUUGAUAACACUGCUGGGGAUAGCUUUGAUUUGUACUAUGGGUUGUUUAUGUUUAAUAGUAAUUCAUUGGAGAUGUUGGAGAGGUUGGAUUUGGCUUUUGGGGACUUGAGGAAACAGCUCAUUGGGCGUUUGCAUGAUGUUGUGAGGAAACAGUUGUUUGAGAAUGCUGUAAAGGUGAAAACUUUACAAGAUAACUACGCAGUGCUCAAGCAUGCUCAAAAUGGAUCUCCAAUGGUACUAUCCUCCGAAGAUAAGAGGUAUUUAUUUAUUAUUAAACCCCAUGAUGUUGCUAAACUAUACAAGUCAAACGGUUCCAUCCAAUCUGUUGACAACUCAAAACUCAAGAUUGCAAUCAUUGGUUUUGGCAACUUCGGUCAGUUCCUUGCAAAAACUAUUGUACGUCAUGGUCAUGAAGUGUUAGCAUACUCUAGAUCAGACUACUCUCGUGUGGCUGAGGAAUUGGGGAUUUCUUAUUUCAAUGACGCAGAUGAUCUUUGUGAACAACAUCCAGAUGUAAUUUUACUUUGCACUUCCAUCCUUUCCACUGAGAAAGUUCUUAAGUCAUUGCCUGUGCAGAGAUUGAAGAGAAGUACUUUGUUUGUUGAUGUACUUUCUGUCAAAGAAUUUCCUAGAAACUUGUUUCUUCAGUACUUGCCACCUUAUUUUGAUGUUCUCUGCACCCAUCCUAUGUUUGGGCCAGAGAGUGGAAAGAAUGGGUGGAAGGGUCUUCCUUUUGUUUUUGAUAAAGUCAGAGUAGGAAGAGAUGAACCAAGAACAUCACGGUGUGAUCGGUUUCUUGACAUUUUUUCUAGUGAAGGAUGCCGAAUGGUUGAAAUGUCAUGUGCUGAACACGAUUGGCAUGCAGCUGGAUCACAGUUUAUCACACAUACUACAGGAAGAUUUUUAGAAAAAUUGAAGUUGGAGGCAACACCAAUCGACACAAAGGGGUAUGAGACUUUGUUGAGUUUGGUGGAGAAUACUGCUGGAGAUAGUUUUGAUCUGUACUAUGGUUUGUUCUUGUAUAAUAUAAAUGCCAUGGAGCAACUAGAAAGAUUAGAUCUGGCUUUUGAGUCAUUGAAGAAGCAGCUUUUUGACCGUUUGCAUGUUGUCUACCGAAAGCAAAUAUUUAAACAUGAAGAAAAGGUCCAUGAUUUGCCAGACAGGUCUAUGUUGCCUGAGAUAUGUGAAGAUAGUAAUGUGGUAUCAUCUUUGUCAAAAACUGUGGACACUAAAUGAAAAUUGAUUUCCAAGAAUUCCAUCUCAUUUGUAAUUAUUGCAGGCCCUGCUAUUUCUACAGUAGGUUUAAAUGAGUUUGUAAUUUCGAAAAUUUCAUAUCCAAUCUUUCUAAAAGCUGUU